AUGAGUCUUUUUAUUCUGGACGAUAUGAUUGUCGACGAGUCUAAUGACAGCAUGGAGAACAAGCGCGUAAAAAUCACUACGGCCUGCGAUAUUUGCAGAAGAAGAAAGGUUAAAUGUGAUGGCGCUUCUCCAUGUACCAAUUGUCAACGAGGAGGCUACCAAUGUGUCUUCUCCGACGCAUCGACUAAACGCCCACGAGGACCACCAAAAGGUUUCGUUGCACUCAUAGAAGAUAGACUGCAUACUAUAGAGUCACUCCUGGUCAACCUUGUAAAUAAAGACACGAGCAACACCAAAGAGAUCAAACGUGAACGUGAUCCACCACCAGACGAAAAAUCCGACCACCAACGCUUCUCCACAUUCAAAAUACGUCAUUACUCUCCUCCAUCCAUCUCUUCCGAUCCGCAACCAGUAUUUCUUCCCAAAACCUCUCCGGCUGAUCCAAACCUACCCGCUCAUACGAAAUCCUUCGGACCAACAUUUGGCGAUGACCUCCCCGAAGAAGACGAAGAAGCGUUGCAAAAGUCGAUCAAGUCCUUGAAUAUAUUAAAUUCGACUGCGUUUCUCCUCGGGCAUCCUACAUAUAAAUCUCGCGAACCGGCGUUGCCAAACAGUUUUCCUUCUGUGCCUCAGCCACCACAGGAGGUGGUUAAGCAAUUGUUGGAGAAAUAUUUUACGCAUUUUCAUAUGCACACGCCCAUAAUCAAUAGAGCUCAAUUGUACAGCCAGUUGUUAAGCACAGAUAACCCCGUGUCGCCUUUGCUACUUAACGCUUUGUGUGCAGUUGGAGCCAUGUUUCCUCCAAUCUUGCAGGAUUUGUAUACUCCCACGGUUUUUUAUGAGCGAGCAAGAAGUUUAUUGGACAGCUUUAUAGAUACACCGCGCCUGUCAACAGUCCAAGCUUUGAUACUGCUUUGCAUGGUGGACCAAUGCAAAACGGUAUCCUACCGCCAACAAACUUACAUUUCCAUGGCAAUACGCAUGGCCCAGUCCCUCGGUCUCCACAAGCGUAAUAGUCCAGCAUACCGAGGCAAAUACUGCCAAACGAAAAAACUUAUCUGGUGGGCUUGUUACGCACUCGAUCGCCUAUCCAGUAUGGCCACCGGUGACCCACUACUAAUCUCUGACGAACUCUGCGACAUUGAUCUGCCUUCACCAGACGAGAUAGAAAAUCAAGAAGGAAAUGUCCAAAAAAUGACUCACACUAAUGCUAGCAUUCAGUUAGUAACGAUAUUUCUGCAUAUGGUGAAACUGACGCAAUUGAUGGGUCAGAUAAUCGAGUAUUUACAGACGAUGGCGUCUAUGGGACUGGCUGCUUCUUGGGCACAUCAUAGCACGGUCGCGUGCUUGGAGGCGGCAUUAAUGAAUUGGACUAAAGAGUUACCGCAUCAGUUACAGCUCCCUACUACUCCGCAUACUACGCCUUUUUCUGGACAUAGUGCUGCGUUGUUUAUGCAUUAUAAUGCACUACAAGUGAUGUUGUUUUACCCCUACAUUUUAUCGGCCGGCUCGCAAGGACCUAAUGUGCGAUUUAACAAGACUUAUACUAAGGCUUUGAGUAUCUGUAUUACUGCUGCACAGAACAUUACAAAUAUCGGAGCAGGAACCCUAAACAACGUCUACGUUAGCACCGCCUUUCCAUCGAUAUUUCAUUGUCUAGCGCAAGCGACAAAAGUCCACAUCCUCAACCUAUCCGCUUCUAAACGAGGCCUGCUUCUUCCUGCAUACAAAAACAUAUGUAGAACGAUCUUCAUAUAUAGGUUCUACGCAGAACACGGUGUCAUGACCGAUCUCGCAAAUCAAAUGAUAAAGGCUCUCGAACACGUCCUUCAUGCCAAUCGCGAACGUGCCACUCUCAGCGAUGACAAUUUUAACUCUUCCGUGAUAGGACCACAUGCCAAAGCCUCACCUACGACGACAAAACUUCACUUGACUCACCCGUUGGCUGUAGAGGACAAGAACCAAUCGGAAAAUCCAGGAACGAUACCAACACCUAUAUGUUGUCCAUAUUCGCCUCCAGUAUCAACGCAAUCAAGUAGUCCCACCGGCGGCGAUCUAGCAACGCGGACGCAAAAUAUUUAUAUACAGUCGCAAGACUCUCCGAUCCAAUCAGUCAUGAACGUUAACAACCAAGAUAAAGCUCUCAUGCCGAUAGACGUCUCUAGUCAAUACUCGUCGGAAUUUUUCUCAUCUGGCGUGAUAGCCGUACCAACCACGUCAGACAUUUCCUCGACCGACUCACAAUUUUGGAAUGUUGGAAUAAAUUUCAAUUCUCCUCAGAACCUCAUGAACUUUGACGAGACUUACGAUACCGCAUCGGCGGCGACAAACAACCUGAAUUAUUCCCCUUAUAACGCGUCUACACUUUCUGCCCAACAUCAAAAUGCAUCCACACCAGUUUCAAUGGCAUCUCCUGUGUCAUCUUCAGACUUUAAAGACCGAAUUAUGUCGACUCAUUCGCCGUUAAGUUCGCUUGAAAACGAUACAGAUUGCGAGAAUUCUUUAACGAAUGAUGUUGCAAAUGUCGGGACACGCCAUCAGCAAAGGUACGUCUUGUUUGAUGGACUUGCUGGAGUUGUUAGUGAUAGCGAAGACUCGUGGGUGGGUGUUAGUGGUGCAUUAAUGCACAACAACUUGUCGGUGGCUUCUUGA